AUGUCUGCUUACCCCUUCCAAUCUUGUUUACCUGAUAAUAUUAAUCUGGAGUUGUUAGUUUUACUAGAUUCUCUAUCUUCUGCUGAUAACUUCAUACGUUCUAACGCUGAGCAUUCACUAAAUUCAAAUUGGUUGUCCUCAAAGGAUCAAAACCAAGUUUUAUUGGUUUUUUUAGCUGAACAGGCUUCGUUCAGUCAAAACGUCUCUUCAAGAGCUUUUAGUGCUGUAAUAUUUAGAAGAAUUGCCAUAAAAUCUCCAAUUUAUCUCAAUGAUCCUUUAGCCAAAUCCAUAUCAGUAAUCCCUAAUUCUUCAAAAUCAAAAAUCAGAUCAAUAUUAUUACAGGGCUUCAACCAUCCUGACCAACCAAUUAAUAUUAGACACAAAUUGGCCGAUGCAAUAGCUGAAUUAGCAAAAUCUGAUGUAUCUCCUGAUUGGCCCGAUUUAUUGGAAUCAAUAAUCAAUGCGACUACUAAUCAAUCUCUCCCAAGCAUUAGAGAAUCUGCCUUUAGGUUAAUAUCACAAACUCCUGACCUAAUUAACGUCUCUCAUAUUAAUCAAUUUUUACCGGUUUUUCAAAAUGGUUUCAAUGAUGAAAACGAUGAGGUUUUAAUUGCCUGCUCCAAUGCCUUUGUAGCUUAUUUUGAAGUCUUGCCAAAACAAUCUUGGCAACUACUAGCCACUCUUCUACCUGAUUUAAUGAAUAUCUUACCAAAACUAUUAAACAACGGCAAAGAUUCCUCUCUAUCUUCUGUAUUAGAAUCCCUAAUUCUAUUAAUUGAACUAGCUCCCAAACUAUUUAAAGAUAUGUUUGAAAAAAUUAUAGAAUUUUGUUCUCUAAUAACUAAAAAUAAAAAUUUAGAACAAAAUUGUAGAAUAUCUUCCUUAGAAUUAUUAACAACUUUUAGUGAAGUUUCUCCUCAAAUGUGUAAAUCAAACUCAAAUUAUAUCAAUUCAAUUAUUAUAUUAAGCUUGUCCUUAAUGACUGAACUAUCUCCAGAUGAUGACGAAUAUUCUGAUUGGGUAAAUAACACUAACAUUGAUGAUGAUGAAGAUGAAAUUGAAUAUGAUUCAGGCCGUCAAACAUUAGAUCGAGUCUCUUUGGCUCUCGGUGGUCAAUCACUUGUUGAUCCUUUAUUUCAUUUUUUAACUCAGAUGAUCUCUUCAACUUCUUGGAGAGAAAGACAAGCUGCCUUAAUGGCAAUAAGUUCUGCUUCAGAAGGUUGUAGAGACGUACUCAUCAAUAAAAUUGAUGCAAUACUAAAUUUAAUAUUACCCUUAUUAAAUGAUCCUCAUCCAAGAGUUCAAUAUGCCUGUUGCAAUACAUUAGGUCAAAUUUCAACAGAUUUUGCUACAACAACUCAGGUACAAUAUGGCUAUAGAAUUAUUCCUGCUUUGAUAUCAAAAUUAACCAAUGACUCCAUAACAAGAGUUCAAACUCAUGCUGCUGCUGCUUUGGUUAAUUUUUCCGAAAAUGCCUCAAAGGAAGUGCUCGAGCCUUAUCUAGAUGAUUUAUUGACUAAUUUACUUAUUUUAUUGCAGGGAAAUUGUCGUUAUGUUCAAGAACAAGUAUUAACAACUAUUGCUGUCGUUGCUGAUAGUGCCGAGCAAAAAUUUUUAAAAUAUUAUGAUGCUUUAAUGCCGGUAUUGAUAAACUUUUUAAAAACUGAUAAUGAAAAUAGUGAUAUUAAAUUAUUAAAAGCAAAAUGCAUUGAAUGUUCAACUUUAAUUGCCUUGGCUGUUGGUUACGAAAAAUUUCAAGCUCAUUAUGAUGAUUUGAUUAAUAUUUUUGUCAACUAUCAACAAUCAAUUACUGACGAAAACGAUCAAAUGAUUCCUUAUUUACAACAAGGUUGGGGCAGAUUAUGUAGGAUAAUUGGUCCCCAAUUUGUUCCUUAUUUGCAAUUAAUUUUACCCCCAAUUUUAAAAUCUGCAAAAUACCAACAAGAUAUAGCAAUUUUAGAUGAAGAUCAAGCAAAUGAGUUGGAACAAAAUCAAGAUUGGGAUGUUAUUCAAUUAGGUACAAAACAUAUUGGUGUACAUACUUCUAUAUUAGAUGAAAAGGUAUCGUCAAUUGAAUUAUUAAAAACUUAUUGCGUGGUUUUAAAACAAAAUUUCUAUCCUUAUGUAAAAGAAAUUGCAACCCAAAUUAUUUUGCCCGGUUUAGACUUUUAUUUACAUGAUGGAGUUAGGAGAUGUUGUGCAUUGACAAUGCCUUCUUUAUUAAGAUUCGAUUCAAGAAUCAUACUUUCUGAUGAGACAUUGAAAUUAUGGAAAAGUAUUGUUGAUAAAAUUGUAUCUAGCUUGAUUAGUGAAACUUCAACUGAAUUGUUGAUUAGUUAUUACGAGUGUUUAAUUGAAUGCUUGUGUAUUUUGGAUCAAGACAAUGCUGUAACUGAUGAUCAGUUGUUAUAUUUUGCCAAGGCAAUCUAUAAAAAUUUAUUGGAAUGUUAUAAAAGAAUUAAAGAAAGAGAAUCUAAUUUUGACGAAUAUAGUGAAGAACUUGAAGAUAAUAAUGAUGUGGAUGUGGAUGAAGAGCUAUUGGAUAAUAUAAACAGUUUUAUUAAAUUUGUGUUUAAGUUCCGAAGAUCUAAGUUGAUUGUUUUAAUUAAUAUUCUUUUAAAUGACAACCAAGAUCUAUCAAUUAAGUCUUGCGGUUUUAAUAUAAUUGCAGAUAUGAUUGAAUUUUGUGGGCCUGAUUCAUAUCUUUACAAAGAUUUAUUCGAAGACACUUUAAAGGUUAAUCUUGCUAACGAUACUAAUUUGCAAAUAAAACAAUUAUCAAUAUAUAUUAUCGGUUUAUGUUCUCAAUAUGGGGGUCGAAAUUACAAUGGUUAUUGUUUGAAUAGAUUGACAAGAUUAUUUUAUCUAGCGACAAUUCCUGAAACAAGUGAGAUUGCGGUUGUUUCGGUUUCAAGUGUUUGCAGUAAUGCUGAAGGUGAGGAAUUGGUGCUAUGGCUAAAAACUGAAGUGCCGAAAAUUAUGAAAAUUUUGAUACUGGCAGCAUAUAAUCGUUCUAUUAUUGCUCAAAAUGCAAAGAGGUUGGUUCAAUGUUUAAAGAUUCUAUUAGGAAAAUUAGGGAAUGAGGCUGCCCUUCAAAUGAUUCAUACAUAUCCUGCCGAAACACAACAUCAAAUUCAAAAGCUUUUUACCAAUUGA